UCGUGACAGUUCCUAUUCAGUUUGAAAAAUAUUCGUCGACAGGCUUGUCAGUAAAAUUAAUAUUUGUCUCCGUAUACAUUAUCAUCCCUCAUCUCAUCAGCAUAUGUGUAAUUGGAACACAAAUCUUUAUCCCAGUCGAUUUAAAAUGGCCAAAAUUCCGAUGAGGUCUAUCCUCACCAUCUUUUGGGCUUUUGCCACUUGCUGCAAUUGCCAAUCAAUCGGCCCUGGCGUUUCCUCUUCUUGGGCGAAACUCCAAAUCUCACUGGAUGGUUUAAGUUCGAUGGAGUACGGCAACUUUCUCAUUGAUAUUUACGAACACGCCAAUAAUCACAAGGCAAAUCCCAGCGAAAACAAAUAUUUCUACUCUCCCAUUGCGCUUUUGGACCACAAAAGCGCUGUUAGUGUAUACAACAACGUCACGAAGCAACCAGAGAUGAGAUUCCGCAUUGAAAUGUGGAACGAAAAAGUCCAGAAUGAAGUUGUGAAACAUCUGUUCAAAUCCGUCGAUAAAGAAUUACAACCCGAUAACGUGAAAAUUAUUCCGUUGGAGAAUGUCAUUCUUGCCAGCAAAAGACCCAAAGCAGAUUAUUCGCUAUCGCCAAUAUGGACGAAUUAUGACAGGAGCAAGACCCUGAAGCUUUCUCUGUCGUGUUAUGACCAGAAAGUCUGCGACGAACUGGCCAGUGAAAUGCGAUCUAAUCCCGAACAAUUCGACCAUUUCAAACUCCUUUACAGUUUGUCAUCGCAGAAGUCCCAAACCAAACAUACGACCAUCACCAUCGACAGCGUCAUUUCCGGUCAAAUGUUCACUACUCUUUUACAGAAAUUCAAAAAGAAAAAAGAGAUUUUUCUGACAGCCAAGGACGAAAGGAAAAUGUUGACGGAAACGGCCACCAACAUCCGAAUGGAUACAUUUGACGACUCCGAGGUCGUGACUCCGGACACGGAGUCUCAAAUAUUAAGUAUUUUAAAGGAUUUGCUAGUCACGUCCAGGAAGACUAUCAAAGAACAAUGUGACAAAAAGUGGGACUCUGUUUUCUGGAAUGACGAAAAUUACCGGCCGGACAAGGUGACGAAAGCUUUGAAUGAAAUCAUCAACAGACUGGACAGCACGGAAACUAAAAAGAAAUUGGCGGAUUUGUUUCAAAAAGAGAAGAGACAAUCGGAAUUAAUGGAAAUGCUAACUUCGAAUGAUGAAGACGUGGAGACAAGGCAAGAGGAGGAAUAUCAACCUGUAAGUCAAUCGGAAAAUGCAGGUGUAAAUGAAAUUGAAUCAACGGAUGAAGACCAAUUCAACCGCAAUCGAGUCGAGAAAUGUCAACUUGCAAAAAACCAGUUGGAUGAGCAAAAUAAUCUAAAUUCUGAGAAUAAAAAUAGAAUCCAGCACAAUUACAGCUCAAAUAAUUGGGCUGACACAGACGGAAUAAUUUCAAAAAUUUCAGAGAAAAUGUCAAAUGAAUCUGAUAGUUCCCUUCGGAACGAAAUUUUGAAGGAAGAAGUGAAAAAGUUAUUACCAGAAAGUAGAGACCACGUCCUUUGGGAUGGAGAGAAAUUCGUACCCAAACCCAUGAAACUGGCCAGAAUAAAUUUGAGCAAAUAUCGCGAAUCUCAACAAUCGUUUCAGGAUCGCAACGUCCUUGUCCGUUACACGAACGCCGAACUGUCGGCGCCAAUCAAAUUUCUGGAACACGCUGAAUUCAAUGUCGUUAACGAAUGGGAAAAUCUAAAGGACGAACUAAAAGAAACUAAAGAACUCUUAAAAACAACCGUUAUGAAAUUGGCGAAAACCAAUACUGAACUGAUUAACGUGAAGGGUGAUUUAAGCAACACGAGAAUGGAUUUGAUUAAUAAAUUAGAAGGGACUAGGAUUGAGUUGGUGCAAACCAAAAUUGACUUGGAGAAAACGAUGGCCAAAACCGUCGACGAUUUAACCGUAAAAUUGAAUGUGACUCAAAAAGAAUUGGCAGAAGUAAAAAUCAUCACCGGAAAUUUGUCAACGGUACUUGCAGAGACUGUAAUGAACUUGACGCAAACGAAUACCGAACUGACUAACGUGAAGGGUGAUUUAAGCAACACGAGAAUGGAUUUGAUUAAUAAAUUAGAAGGGACUAGGAUUGAGUUGGUGCAAACCAAAAUUGACUUGGAGAAAACGAUGGCCAAAACCGUCGACGAUUUAACCGUAAAAUUAAAUGUGACUCAUAAAGAAUUGGCAGAAGUAAAAAUCAUCACCGGAAAUUUUUCAACGGUACUUGCAGAAACUGUGAUAAAACUUGGGAAAACGGACACCGAACUGAAUAACGUGAAGAAUGAUUUAACCAAUACGAAAAUCGAUUUGGCUAGGAAAAUAGAAGGGACUAGGAAUGAGUUGGUGAAAACCAAAAUUGACUUGGAGAAAACGACUGCUAAUUUAAAUGAAACGACGGACAAAGCUGUCAAUGAUGUAACACUAAAACUAAAUGCGACUCGAAAAGAAUUGGCAGAAAUGAAAAUCAUCACAGAAAAUUUGUUAAUGGAACAUCAAGGAACUAUGAUAAAACUGGCGAAAACGGGUACCGAACUGAGUAACGUGAAAAGUAAUUUAACCGACACGAAAAUCAAAUUGGCUAGUAAAAUAGAAGCGACUCAAAAAGAAUUAGCAGAAAUGAAAAUCAUCACAGAAAAUUUAUUAACGGAACACCAAGGAACUGUGAUAAACCUGGCGAAAACGGAUACCGAACUGAAUAACGUGAAAAGUUAUUUAACCGACGCAAGAAUGGAUUUGGCUAGUAAAUUGGAAGGGACUAAGAAGGAGUUGGUGCAAACCAAAAUUGACUUGGCGAAAACGGAUAACGAACUGUAUAACGUGAAAAGGGAUUUUACCGACACGAGAAUCGAUUCGGCUAAUAAAUUGGAAGUGACUCAAAAAGAAUUGGCAGAAAUCAAAAUCAUCGCCGGAAAUUUCUCAACGGAACUUAAAGAGACUGUAAUGAACUUGACGCAAACGAAUACCGAACUGACUAACGUGAAGAGUGAUUUAACAAACACGAGAAGCGAUUUUGCCGUUAAAUUAGAAGAACUACCAGAAAUCAAGAUGAGCGUUGGAAAUUUGGCAUUGGAACUAAAAGUAAGUAAGCAGGAACUGACGCGACUCAAAAUUGAACUGGAGAAGAAAGAAACUAAAGAGGAGUUGAUGAAAACGAGAUCCGAUAUCCGCAAAACUUUCAGCGAAAUGUCAACAAAUUUAAAUGCAAAUUCGCAACGAUUAAGUCACGAACUAAAAACCACCGAAGACAAACUGAGAAAUGAGCUGAGAGCAACUUCAAGUAAACUGGAAACUACAACAACAAAUUUGGCCUCGGCGAGAUCGGAAUUGAGCAGCACGAAGUCCAUUAUUGCGGAUUUGACGACCAAAUUAAAUGCCAGAGGGGGUGAAAUAAUUGAUAGUGGUAUAAUGCCAACCUCCUGUUGGGAUCUGAUGCGAAUGGGACAAAAGAUCAGCGGAUUCUUUUUGGUGAAAGGAGCGAAGAAGAUGGAGACUGUUUACUGCAACUUUUAUUCUAAUGGAAAUGACAAACAGAAAUGGAUUGGAUACGCCGACGUCAAAUCAGCGCCCGUCCAUUUCUACGUCCAGAGAAAUUCUUCGUUCGACACAACUAACACUCCGAUUUCGUUCAGUUCGGCGCGGGUAAAUGAGGGAAAUGCUAUGAGUUUGCCAACGGGGAAAUUCACGACACCGCGUACGGGAACUUAUUUCUUUUUCUUCACCGGAGUGGCGACAUUUCCAGUUUCGGCAGGUCACGUUCAACUUGGACUUUAUCUGAACGGUGGUCAAAUCGGGAAGGGCGUGAUUGAAAAGUCAAACGUCCUCCUUCGUCAGUGGAGUCUGUUGUCUCUCCAGUCAACGCUGUACUUGACAUCGGGGGAUCGAGUCUGGGUGCAGAUUGAUAGCCUAGCAUCAGGGGUGAUUUUGUAUGGCAACAGUGACCACCUGACUCAUUUUACCGGUUUCAUGUUGGAGGAGGAAAUUGUCACCUCCUUUUGAGAAUUUGUGUUGAUAACGCGAAAUGCACAAAGUGGUUAUCGACUGACGGUGCAGUCUGAGGAUUAUUCUUUAUUUCUAUCCUCGCAGAUAUGGGAAAUAAAAAUCUAAAUUUUAAUUGUCAGAUUUCUAAAAAGGACAGAAAGUUUUUGGGGUGUUUUCGAUGACGUUCGCAUUAGAUGUGAUCACCUGAACCGAAAAAAUAACGAAGGUCGGAUUCGAAUAGAAAAUUCACCAUUGACAAGUCAACGCAAACAACAGACGCACACAAUCAAUCUCUAGACAAGAAAUGGUCUGUGGGUAUGCCAGACAAGAAAACGUAUUGCAAAAUGAUAGACAAACUUGCUUAGCAUUAUGACUCAUACAAUGUAUCUGGAGCACGAAAGUGUUAAGAACAUAUAUUAUUUGUU